UAUUUGACCAAUAAAUUCGCGGUCACACUAAUUUUCAGCCUAUUCGGCAAUUGUUUAAAAUUUAUUUGUUUAAACAUAUCCGAUAAACAUUCGAAAACAUUCUGCAGCUUUUAAAGCACCCACACUGCAUUUGUAGUUAGUCAAAAGUCCAUAAGGAUAAGCCCGUAGUAUGUGGAAAGCAAGUGCUGGUCAUCAGAUACAGGCCACCAGUGCCCCAGAAGCCGAAGAUGACGAUUGGGAGACCGAUCCAGAUUUUAUCAACGAUGUGAAUGAGCAAGAGCAGCGCUGGGGAUCGAAGACGAUCGAUGGCAGCGGCCGCACAGCGGGCGCCAUUGACAUGGACAAGUUGCGCGAGGAGACGGAACGCUCGGACUUGGACAAGAAGAAGCAAUUAUUAAAGGAUCAGAAUGCUGGCUACGGCUACGGCGGCAAGUUCGGUGUGGAAAAGGAUCGCAUGGACAAGUCAGCGGUGGGCCACGACUACCAGGAGAAGGUGGCCAAGCAUGCCUCGCAGAAGGAUUACAGCGAUGGUUUCGGUGGUAAAUUUGGUGUGCAAUCGAAUCGUGUGGACAAAUCAGCGGUCGGUUGGGAUCACAUCGAGAAGGUGGAGAAGCAUGCCUCCCAAAAGGAUUACUCAUCUGGUUUUGGUGGCAAAUUCGGUGUGCAAUCGGAUCGUGUAGAUAAAUCGGCCGUCGGCUGGGAUCACAUCGAAAAGGUCGAGAAACACGAGUCGCAGAAGGAUUACUCCAAGGGCUUUGGCGGUAAGUUCGGUGUGCAGGAGGAUCGCAAGGACAAGUCCGCGGUGGGCUGGGAUCACAAAGAGGCGCCACAGAAACACGCCAGCCAGGCGGAUCACAAGGUGAAGCCAGUCAUUGAGGGUGCCAAGCCCUCGAAUCUGCGCGCCAAGUUCGAGAAUCUGGCCAAGAACUCUGAGGAGGAGUCGCGCAAGCGAUCCGAAGAGCAGAAACGUUUGCGCGAGGCAAAGGAUAAGCGGGAUAGGGAGGAGGCAGCCAAGCAGACGGUUGCGGAAAACACGCCCCGAACCUCGACUGAGACGCCACCACCAAAGGGCAGUCGGGCGGCCAUUCAGACGGGCCGAGCUGGAGGCAUUGGCAAUGCCAUCAGUGCGUUCAAUCAAAUGCAAUCGCCCGUCUCUGAGACACCGCCGGCACGCAAGGAACCCAUUGUCAUUCCCAAAGCACUGCCAGCCAAGGUGGAAGUGGCAGACGAACCCCAACCAGAGACGCCAGCACCCGUAGCCGCUGCCGCUGACGCUCCUGCCCCAGCUCCAGCGCCUGUUGUGGUCAAAGAGGCAGCACCCGCGGCCAAGGUCAUUGCAAGGCCGCCAGAUGUUGUGCCUCAGAUUGAGGUGGAGACGGUGGAGACACCGCCCAGAAGUGAACCCACAUCCCCAGCGCACGAGCCAACGCCUCAGGUGCAACGUGAACCCGAACCGCAACCGGAACCUGAGCCAGAGGUUGUGGAGGAGCCGCUGUAUCAAAAUCAGGCAGAGAUUAAGGCUGCCUCGCCACAGCCACCGGCAGCUUCCCCACUGCCAACAGCAACGAAUGGAGCCACGCCUGAGCCUGCCCAAGCAGGUGCUGUUGCUCAAACCCUCGAGGAGGCCAUCUAUGCCAACUCGGACAAUCUUGCCGAUUACCUGGAGGACACUGGCAUACAUGCACUGGCGCUGUUCGACUAUCAAGCAGCCGAUGAUGAUGAGAUAUCGUUCGAUCCAGAUGAUUUGAUCACGCACAUUGAGAAAAUCGAUGACGGCUGGUGGCGGGGACUGUGCAAGAACCGUUAUGGCCUCUUUCCGGCCAACUAUGUGCAGGUUGUCGAACAAAAUUCCUAAGUUCAUGAAACAAAAGAAAUGCUUCCGUUUGAAAUUCACGAUAGAACAAAAAUCAAAUUGUAUUUACUUUAAUUUACUUUACUAACCGAACCACAAAUAAUACAAAUGUUUGACUAUAAAAUCGAUUCACAACUCGCUACUAACCCA